UAAUCGCAGUUAGCUACAGUUAUCUAGUAAUAUAGUCUAAAAACUCGCCAAAUAUAAUUUCCUCAAUAUAACUACAUAACCGUAUUAAUUGUGUGGUUUGUACUGCGUGUUAAAAUUGAAGGUAACCGUACAUUUUACAGAUAAGAGUCAGAAAAUGGAUUUUAUAUUUGAAGACCUGCAAUCCACUUCGCAUACUACUCCCAAGAAAGGGAUGGAAAACUCACAAAGGACAGAAGACGUUGAUUGUGAUCAAUCAAGAGGGGAAUCUUCAAGUAUGAGCAUUCAAGAGCAGCAUGGCAGCUCAAGCAUAGAUGACAUCAGCAGAAAAGCGCAGGAACUGGUAGAAAAGAUUAACCACAGCAGAACCAGAGACCAGGAUGUGAUGGACAGCUUUCAGGAGAAGCUAGUGGAGAAGGUGACAGGGAUAUGCCAGCAAAUGAAGGAGCACAUGUACACAGUCUAUGAGGAAAACAGUGAUGAGAUGCAGGUGAAGCUGCAGGAGCUGUCAGAGGUGCUGGAGAGUUGUACUAAGCUCAACCAUGAGCUCCAAGAGGCCACUCGAGCCCUGACAUGUCUCAGAGAAGGCCUGGCCAUUAGCCAUGCAUCCGAACCGUGACAUACUAGUUAUCAUCUGUUCGAUAAGUCUGUUCUGACCUAGUUAUUCUGAACGUGUUCUUUUGUUUAUUAUACUGAAAAUUCAAAUUAGCUUAUAUGUGCAAAAUAUGGAGUUUAAAUAGUUUUGGUUCUCUUUUUGGGUUUGUCUUCUUCUUCCUAGAAGCUGUUGUUGGUUUUAGGACAGUCAUUGAGGUCAAACCUUAUGACUGGUGAAAAAAAAAAAAAAGAAUCCAUGUUGUUUUUAUUGUUCUUGUAGCAACUUGUUGAUUCAAUAAAUAAUAUAAGCACAAAGGUGGACAAUAUAAA